AGCUUUUCAGCCUUGUCUAGCCACACCACCGCGCCCUGCCCUAGGGUAUUUUUCUCUCGCCAUCCCCCCGUUGACUUCCGAAGAGUUUGUCGCCUCUGCUUUUCGACCGUAUACCCACUCCAUCCCUCAAACCACUCCGAUUAUAGCGCCAUGUCUGUCGUUGGUGUAGAUCUGGGGACCCUCAACACCGUCAUUGCCGUCGCGCGCAAUCGCGGUGUCGAUGUCGUCACCAACGAGGUCUCCAACCGUUCCACGCCUUCUCUUGUUGGCUUCAGCCCCAAGUGCAGAUACCUUGGUGAGGCCGCCAAGACCCAGGAGGUCUCCAACCUCAAGAACACCGUCGGCUCUCUUUCGCGUCUCGCUGGUCGCAGCCUGAAGGACCCCGAUGUCGCCAUCGAGCAGGAGUACGUGUCGGCGCAACUCGUCGACAUGAACGGCCAGGUCGGCGCCGAGGUCAGCUACCUUGGUAAGAAGGAGCAGUUCACCGCGACUCAGCUCGUUGGCAUGUUCCUCACCAAGAUCAAGGCCACCGCUUCGGCCGAGCUGAAGCUGCCCGUCAACGACAUCGUCCUCAGCGUCCCUGCCUGGUACACCGAUGCGCAAAGGAGAAGUCUGAUUGACGCCGCUGAGAUUGCCGGCCUCAAGAUCCUUCGUCUCAUGAACGACACCACUGCUACUGCUUUGGGCUGGGGUAUCACGAAGCUUGACCUUCCCGCACCGGAGGAGAAGCCGAAGCGCGUUGCUUUCGUCGAUAUUGGCCACAGCAACUACACCUGCUCCAUCGUUGAAUUCAAGAAGGGUGAGCUUGCUGUCAAGGCAACCGCCUACGACCGCCACUUUGGUGGUCGCAACUUUGACAAGGCCCUUGUCGACCACUUCGCUGCCGAGUUCAAGGAGAAGUUCAAGAUUGACGUCAACGAGAACCCCAAGGCCAAGGUCCGCCUCGCGACUGCCUGCGAGAAGCUCAAGAAGGUUCUCUCCGCGAACGCUUCCGCGCCCCUCUCCAUCGAGUCCAUUAUGAACGAUGUCGACGUCCGCGGUUUCCUCAAGCGCGAGGAGCUUGAGCAGCUCGUCCAGCCCCUCCUGGACCGCGCCACCGUUCCCCUGGAGCAGGCCCUUGCCGAUGCCAAGCUCAAGGUCGAGGAUAUCGACCAGAUCGAGAUGGUCGGUGGCUGCACGCGUGUCCCUGCGCUGAAGGCCACCAUCCAGAACUUCUUUGGCAAGCAGCUCUCCUACACCCAGAACGCCGACGAGGCUAUCGCUCGUGGCUGUGCGUUCAGCUGCGCCAUUCUCUCUCCCGUCUUCCGUGUCCGUGACUUCUCCGUUCACGACAUUGUCAACUACCCCAUCGAGUUCACCUGGGAGAAGUCCCCUGACAUUCCUGACGAGGACACCAACCUCACCGUCUUCAACAGGGGCAAUGUUAUGCCUUCGACUAAGAUCCUUACUUUCUACCGCAAGCAGCCUUUCGAUCUGGAGGCGAAGUAUGCCAAGCCUGACAUGCUGCCUGGCAAGACCAACCCCUGGAUCGGCCGCUUCUCCGUUAAGGGCGUCAAGGCGGACGCCAAGGACGACUUCAUGAUCUGCAAGCUGAAGGCCCGUCUUAACCUGCACGGUGUCCUGAACGUUGAGCAGGGCUACUAUGUUGAGGACGUCGAGGUUGAGGAGCCCAUUCCCGAGAAGGAGGGCGAGAAGGAUGAGAACGCGAUGGAGGUCGAUGAGAAGGGCGAGCAGAAGCCCAAGAUGCGCAAGGUUAAGAAGCAGGUUCGCAAGGGUGACCUGCCCUUGUCGUCUGGCACUGCCUCGCUUGACGAGGCGGCCAGGGCCGCUGCCGCCGAGCGCGAGAACCAGAUGUACAUGGAGGACAAGCUCGUCGCCGACACCGACGAGAAGAAGAACGAGCUCGAGGCAUACAUCUACGAGAUGCGCGCCAAGAUCGAUGACAUCUUCGCCGACUUCGCCAGCGACGACGAGAAGACCAGGCUGAAGGAGAAGCUUGAGACCUCCGAGGACUGGCUCUACGAGGACGGCGAGGACGCCUCCAAGGCUGCGUACGUCGCCAAGUCGGACGAGAUCCGGGCGAUUGCCGGCCCCAUCGUCCAGCGCUACAAGGACAAGCAGCAGGAGGAGGCCGAGGCUAUCCAGAAGAAGAACGAGGAGGCGGCGGCGGCCAAGCGCGCCGAAGCCGAGGCCAAGAAGAAGGCCGAAGAGGAGUCCAAGGCCUCGGAGUCCAAGGACCAGGAGAUGACGGAUGCUGAAGCCAAGCCCGAGGAGGCGGCCGACAAGCAGGCUUAGAUGGGAAAGGGGAUAUAGAAAAGUUUAUUGCAAGGGCAACGAUUGAUGCAUGAAACGGCAUGAAGCAUUCUCAAGGACGUUUGGGAGGGCUUUGAUGAUAUAAAGACUUUUUUUUCUCUUUUUCUUCUUCCUUCCUCUUCCUUUAUAAACCCCCGUCUCGAAUUUUCUCAAAUCGACCUUGCUUGUUCCUCUUUUUUUCCACCUGCCGAUCGUCGUCGCUGUUGUUGUUUUCUGUGUUCGCAGCCUCAACUGCUUGCGCGCGCGCUGACUUCAAGAUCGACGGGUCGACGGGUCAUGAUAGAUCGAUCUAUAGAACUAUGGAUAUACCUGGCGAAGGCCUCGUUUCUGACCUUUUGGACCUUUUGCUGUGCGCUUGCAUGUGCUUGUAUGUGCUUGUAGUUGCUUUCGUCCGUGACUGAUCGCCUCUGUACCACGUCGAGUAAUCUCCGUCACCAUCCAGCGAGAUUUAAGAUCUUG